AUGCCAAAGACAGACAACAGUUUCGCAACCUACACAUCCAUGAUGCGGGUGACAAAGACUGGCAGACCGUUUGCAAAAGAUCUAUAUGACAUGUUUGCUGCAAUUUUGCUCCAAAUCAAACUCAAAGAUCACAGAGUCAUGUUUCGCACCUAUCCAUAUACGUUCACGACAGAUGAAGCUGCCAAAGUCAUGGAAUCCCUGGUCUUUACUCAUGUCCAUCGCAAUCCUGAUCCAGCCAACCCAUCCCGUCAAAUUGCCACGAGAACCACUACUACAUUCAUUAUGAACUUCAGCACAGCGAAGCACAUGCUUCAGCAGUUCUUGUCAGCUCGAUUGAUCGUCAGUGCCACGGACCCCGCAAAUUGGAGCAUUAGGGACAAAGGUCUGUGGUGCCCAACGCUCAAAGGCAAAUAUGUCCUGGAGGAAUUCACUGAUUCGACACAAGUGAAAAUGACAGACACUCUGAUUGCAGCUCUCAAUGCGCCUUACAUGUCUCCAGGGGCUUCCGGAAGCACAGGAGGUCGUAUCAUUACACUGGAUCGCAUGGUGGAUAAUGAUGAUCAGAUCACUUUCUCUCGCCCAAACAUGACAGCCGCUUUUAAAGCAAUGAUGUUUAGCAUUCCUCGAGAUGCUCUGUUGAUAGACGAUGUUGGAGGUGUCGAGAAAAAGAGCUUUGGUAUCUUUCAGUAUAGCUUUAUGGGCUCUCAUUGCAUCGAAUGGCUAUGUAACAGACUCACUGUAACAUCUGUGGAGGAGGCUGAAAGUGUUGCGGCUGAAUUUCUAUUGUUUGGUUGGAUUGCUCAAAUACUAAACAAGGCAGACAAGACAUAUGGCACCAAGGAAGAUGAGAUUGCAUUUCAUACUGCUCGCAAUGCUGUUUACUAUGUCACUGAAAGAGGCUGUGUAGUCACUGGUUGGAAGCUGCCUACAGCAGAAGUGCCGAUGCAAGGUGACAAUCAAAGCAACAGCAGUGGCCUCUCCUUGGAUUCAGAUGGUAGUAGCACCAAGAAGACUAUUCACCGUGGUGUCAGUAAGCCAACCCCAUUAGUGCCACCACCACCUUCAACAAUGCCAAAAUACAACUAUUACGACUCCAUGGAUAAAGAGAAUGCAAAGAAUCAAACCACUUUGGGCCUUACUGACAUGGUGCGACAUGACUCUGCAACUGCCAUGAUUGAGCAGGCUUUAUCCCAGUCAUCUAUCUCUCAGGAUAGUAGCUCAAUGGAAGGCGGCGUAGUAGUCCAAAGGCAUCCUCCUCAACGUCCACCGAGUAUGUCCAUCACAGACUCCACAGCAUCUCAAAACAGCACAGCAUCCAAUACCGCAGCCGCUAGCGUGAACAAGGAAAACUCUCAAUGGACUCGCCUCACACAAAUCUUGGAAACACCAUUGAUGCGCUUGUACUUUAGAGAGUUUUUGCGUUCCAACUACAGUGAGGAAAAUAUCAACUUUUGGGUGUCACACAAUAGACUAUUGAAGAAUCUAAAACAGAACAACAGGACCGUGUUAGAGCAGCUUGCAGAGUGCUAUACGAUCUACGAGACCUAUUUGGGACAUGAUGCUACAGCCGAUGUCAAUAUUGAUCACGUAUUACACCAAGAAAUCACAAAGUAUGUCAACACUGUGUUUGUCGUUGUCAACUCAACUGCAGCGAUAGGAACAACAGCAAAUACAGCUCCAGGAACGAACGGAUCAAUGCCACUCAAGAACCCUUACUUCAUCGUGGCACCAACAAACCAUCCUACACUUACAACAAAUCAGCCCGUCAAAUCCAGUAAAGCAUCCAACCGACUGCUGCUCAUACCGCCCUCAGUUUCAAAUGGCAUUAAGCAACGCAUUGUUACUAUUCGUGGUAUUUCUCCAGAAAGAUGCCUCAUUAGGCUUCUCAAACUGUUUGGCAAAGUAAAUGACCAUGUGUGCCGAAUGAUGGCAGAAGAUUCCGUGCCCAAGUUCAUCAAGACGGAAAGAUAUCAAAAGUUGAUUGCAAAACAACAGCAUGACGCUUUGGCUACGGAGACGGAUGAUGAGGAUGAUAGCGAUGAUAUUUCAUUUGAGGAUAGCAGUGAUGAAGAUGAGAAUCGACGUAAUAUCAUGCAUUUGACAACAGCAUUAUCGGCACAACGAUCUUUAAUGGAUCAUCAACGACACGAAACAAAUAUCAACGCCACUUCUUCUAUUACUACUAUCACCACUGCCUCUGCUAUAUAA